AUGAGUAAAAUAGAUACAAGAAGAUAUAAGGCUGGUUGCCAGAGUAACCAGCAGCAACAGCUGUUUACUGCAGGAUUCAAUAAACAAGAAAAAAGUAGUGGCGGUCCCACACGGCCUCAGUCCCACGCGGCCUCAGUCCCACGCGGCCUCAGUCCCACGCGGCCUCAGUCCCACGCGGCCUCAGUCCCACACGCCGUCAGUCCCACGCGGCCCACAGUCCCACGCGGCCCACAGUCCCACACGCCGUCAGUCCCAAAUGGCCUCAGUCCCACACGGCGUCAGUCCCACACGGCGUCAGUCCCACACGGCCUCAGUCCCACACGGCCUCAGUCCCACACGCCGUCAGUCCCAAAUGGCCUCAGUCCCACACGGCGUCAGUCCCACACGGCCUCAGUCCCACACGCCGUCAGUCCCACACGCCGUCAGUCCCACACGGCCUCAGUCCCACACGGCGUCAGUCCCACACGGCCUCAGUCCCACACGGCCUCAGUCCCACACGGCCUCAGUCCCACACGGCCUCAGUCCCACACGGCCUCAGUCCCACACGGCCUCAGUCCCACACGGCCUCAGUCCCACACGGCCUCAGUCCCACACGCCGUCAGUCCCAAAUGGCCUCAGUCCCACACGCCGUCAGUCCCACACGGCCUCAGUCCCACACGCCGUCAGUCCCACACGGCCUCAGUCCCACACGGCCUCAGUCCCACACGCCGUCAGUCCCAAAUGGCCUCAGUCCCACACGCCGUCAGUCCCACACGGCCUCAGUCCCACACGCCGUCAGUCCCACACGGCCUCAGUCCCACACGGCCUCAGUCCCACACGCCGUCAGUCCCAAAUGGCCUCAGUCCCACACGCCGUCAGUCCCACACGCCGUCAGUCCCACACGCCGUCAGUCCCACACGCCGUCAGUCCCAAAUGGCGUCAGUCCCACACGGCGUCAGUCCCACACGGCCUCAGUCCCACACGGCCUCAGUCCCACACGGCGUCAGUCCCACACGGCCUCAGUCCCACACGGCCUCAGUCCCACACGGCCUCAGUCCCACACGGCGUCAGUCCCACACGGCCUCAGUCCCACACGGCCUCAGUCCCACACGGCCUCAGUCCCACACGGCGUCAGUCCCACACGCCGUCAGUCCCACACGGCGUCAGUCCCACACGGCGUCAGUCCCACACGGCGUCAGUCCCACACGGCGUCAGUCCCACACGGCGUCAGUCCCACACGGCGUCAGUCCCACACGGCGUCAGUCCCACACGGCCUCAGUCCCACACGGCCUCAGUCCCACACGGCCUCAGUCCCACACGGCCUCAGUCCCACACGGCCUCAGUCCCACACGGCCUCAGUCCCACACGGCGUCAGUCCCACACGGCGUCAGUCCCACACGGCGUCAGUCCCACACGGCGUCAGUCCCACACGGCGUCAGUCCCACACGGCCUCAGUCCCACACGGCGUCAGUCCCACACGGCGUCAGUCCCACACGCCGUCAGUCCCACACGCCGUCAGUCCCACACGCCGUCAGUCCCAAAUGGCGUCAGUCCCACACGGCCUCAGUCCCACACGGCCUCAGUCCCACACGGCCUCAGUCCCACACGGCCUCAGUCCCACACGGCCUCAGUCCCACACGGCCUCAGUCCCACACGGCCUCAGUCCCACACGCCGUCAGUCCCAAAUGGCGUCAGUCCCACACGGCCUCAGUCCCACACGCCGUCAGUCCCACACGGCCUCAGUCCCACACGGCCUCAGUCCCACACGCCGUCAGUCCCACACGCCGUCAGUCCCACACGCCGUCAGUCCCACACGCCGUCAGUCCCAAAUGGCGUCAGUCCCACACGGCGUCAGUCCCACACGGCCUCAGUCCCACACGGCCUCAGUCCCACACGGCCUCAGUCCCACACGGCGUCAGUCCCACACGGCCUCAGUCCCACACGCCGUCAGUCCCACACGCCGUCAGUCCCACACGGCCUCAGUCCCACACGGCCUCAGUCCCACACGGCCUCAGUCCCACACGGCCUCAGUCCCACACGCCGUCAGUCCCAAAUGGCCUCAGUCCCACACGCCGUCAGUCCCACACGGCCUCAGUCCCACACGCCGUCAGUCCCACACGGCAUCAGUCCCACACGGCCUCAGUCCCACACGCCGUCAGUCCCAAAUGGCCUCAGUCCCACACGCCGUCAGUCCCACACGCCGUCAGUCCCAAAUGGCGUCAGUCCCACACGGCGUCAGUCCCACACGGCCUCAGUCCCACACGGCCUCAGUCCCACACGGCGUCAGUCCCACACGGCCUCAGUCCCACACGCCGUCAGUCCCACACGCCGUCAGUCCCACACGGCCUCAGUCCCACACGGCGUCAGUCCCACACGGCCUCAGUCCCACACGGCCUCAGUCCCACACGGCGUCAGUCCCACACGGCCUCAGUCCCACACGGCGUCAGUCCCACACGGCCUCAGUCCCACACGCCGUCAGUCCCACACGCCGUCAGUCCCACACGCCGUCAGUCCCACACGCCGUCAGUCCCCACACGCCGUCAGUCCCAAAUGGCCUCAGUCCCACACGGCGUCAGUCCCACACGGCCUCAGUCCCACACGCCGUCAGUCCCACACGCCGUCAGUCCCACACGGCCUCAGUCCCACACGGCGUCAGUCCCACACGGCCUCAGUCCCACACGGCCUCAGUCCCACACGGCCUCAGUCCCACACGGCCUCAGUCCCACACGGCCUCAGUCCCACACGGCCUCAGUCCCACACGGCCUCAGUCCCACACGGCCUCAGUCCCACACGGCCUCAGUCCCACACGCCGUCAGUCCCAAAUGGCCUCAGUCCCACACGCCGUCAGUCCCACACGGCCUCAGUCCCACACGCCGUCAGUCCCACACGGCCUCAGUCCCACACGGCCUCAGUCCCACACGCCGUCAGUCCCAAAUGGCCUCAGUCCCACACGCCGUCAGUCCCACACGGCCUCAGUCCCACACGCCGUCAGUCCCACACGGCCUCAGUCCCACACGGCCUCAGUCCCACACGCCGUCAGUCCCAAAUGGCCUCAGUCCCACACGCCGUCAGUCCCACACGCCGUCAGUCCCACACGCCGUCAGUCCCACACGCCGUCAGUCCCAAAUGGCGUCAGUCCCACACGGCGUCAGUCCCACACGGCCUCAGUCCCACACGGCCUCAGUCCCACACGGCGUCAGUCCCACACGGCCUCAGUCCCACACGGCCUCAGUCCCACACGGCCUCAGUCCCACACGGCGUCAGUCCCACACGGCCUCAGUCCCACACGGCCUCAGUCCCACACGGCCUCAGUCCCACACGGCGUCAGUCCCACACGCCGUCAGUCCCACACGGCGUCAGUCCCACACGGCGUCAGUCCCACACGGCGUCAGUCCCACACGGCGCCAGUCCCACACGGCGUCAGUCCCACACGGCGUCAGUCCCACACGGCGUCAGUCCCACACGGCCUCAGUCCCACACGGCCUCAGUCCCACACGGCCUCAGUCCCACACGGCGUCAGUCCCACACGGCCUCAGUCCCACACGGCCUCAGUCCCACACGGCCUCAGUCCCACACGGCCUCAGUCCCACACGCCGUCAGUCCCACACGGCGUCAGUCCCACACGGCGUCAGUCCCCACACGGCGUCAGUCCCACACGGCGUCAGUCCCACACGGCGUCAGUCCCACACGGCGUCAGUCCCACACGGCGUCAGUCCCACACGCCGUCAGUCCCACACGCCGUCAGUCCCAAAUGGCGUCAGUCCCACACGGCCUCAGUCCCACACGGCCUCAGUCCCACACGGCCUCAGUCCCACACGGCCUCAGUCCCACACGGCCUCAGUCCCACACGGCCUCAGUCCCACACGCCGUCAGUCCCAAAUGGCGUCAGUCCCACACGGCCUCAGUCCCACACGCCGUCAGUCCCACACGGCCUCAGUCCCACACGCCGUCAGUCCCACACGCCGUCAGUCCCACACGCCGUCAGUCCCAAAUGGCGUCAGUCCCACACGGCGUCAGUCCCACACGGCCUCAGUCCCACACGGCCUCAGUCCCACACGGCCUCAGUCCCACACGGCCUCAGUCCCACACGGCGUCAGUCCCACACGGCCUCAGUCCCACACGCCGUCAGUCCCACACGCCGUCAGUCCCACACGGCCUCAGUCCCACACGGCCUCAGUCCCACACGGCCUCAGUCCCACACGGCCUCAGUCCCACACGCCGUCAGUCCCAAAUGGCCUCAGUCCCACACGCCGUCAGUCCCACACGGCCUCAGUCCCACACGCCGUCAGUCCCACACGGCAUCAGUCCCACACGGCCUCAGUCCCACACGCCGUCAGUCCCAAAUGGCCUCAGUCCCACACGCCGUCAGUCCCACACGCCGUCAGUCCCACACGCCGUCAGUCCCAAAUGGCGUCAGUCCCACACGGCGUCAGUCCCACACGGCCUCAGUCCCACACGGCCUCAGUCCCACACGGCGUCAGUCCCACACGGCCUCAGUCCCACACGCCGUCAGUCCCACACGCCGUCAGUCCCACACGGCCUCAGUCCCACACGGCGUCAGUCCCACACGGCCUCAGUCCCACACGGCCUCAGUCCCACACGGCGUCAGUCCCACACGGCCUCAGUCCCACACGGCGUCAGUCCCACACGGCCUCAGUCCCACACGCCGUCAGUCCCACACGCCGUCAGUCCCACACGCCGUCAGUCCCACACGCCGUCAGUCCCAAAUGGCCUCAGUCCCACACGCCGUCAGUCCCACACGCCGUCAGUCCCACACGCCGUCAGUCCCACACGCCGUCAGUCCCACACGGCCUCAGUCCCACACGGCGUCAGUCCCACACGGCCUCAGUCCCACACGGCCUCAGUCCCACACGGCGUCAGUCCCACACGGCCUCAGUCCCACACGGCGUCAGUCCCACACGGCCUCAGUCCCACACGGCCUCAGUCCCACACGGCCUCAGUCCCACACGGCGUCAGUCCCACACGGCGUCAGUCCCACACGGCGUCAGUCCCACACGGCGUCAGUCCCACACGGCGUCAGUCCCACACGGCGUCAGUCCCACACGCCCUCAGUCCCACGCGGCCCACAGUCCCACGCGGCCCACAGUCCCACGCGGCCCACAGUCCCACGCGGCCCACAGUCCCACACGCCGUCAGUCCCAAAUGGCCUCAGUCCCACACGGCGUCAGUCCCACACGGCCUCAGUCCCACACGCCGUCAGUCCCACACGGCCUCAGUCCCACACGGCCUCAGUCCCACACGGCCUCAGUCCCACACGGCCUCAGUCCCACACGCCGUCAGUCCCAAAUGGCCUCAGUCCCACACGCCGUCAGUCCCACACGCCGUCAGUCCCACACGCCGUCAGUCCCAAAUGGCGUCAGUCCCACACGGCGUCAGUCCCACACGGCCUCAGUCCCACACGGCCUCAGUCCCACACGGCCUCAGUCCCACACGGCGUCAGUCCCACACGGCCUCAGUCCCACACGGCCUCAGUCCCACACGGCCUCAGUCCCACACGGCCUCAGUCCCACACGGCCUCAGUCCCACACGGCGUCAGUCCCACACGGCGUCAGUCCCACACGGCGUCAGUCCCACACUCACCCUCAGAUGUGA